UAUCAGUGCUGAAAAAUGACUUCGCGAUUUCGUAGCAAUUGGUCGAGAGAAGGCUCCCAGUCAAAUUCGCUGAGUUUCGAUUCAGGCCCGAGUCAAAGCAAUCAUCAGCUUAUCGAAGACGAGUAUCGCAGUGAUUUUGACUACGAAGAUUGUUCGGACAACGAUAUUGCUCUUGAAGAUAAAAUUGAUAGAGGAAUUUGCCGAGUGCAUUCGGUCGAUAAUAGAAACGGAAAGUUUCGCGACGCAAGUGGCUCCGGGAUGAGUCAUUACGUCGAUGAUCGCGAAUUCGAGAAAGAUGGAGAAAAUAGGACAACUGCCACAACCAGUUACCAUCGGCGCUCGUGCCGGGAGGACUUUCGAUUCCGGGGCGACGCCGAGGUCGAGGAUUAUUCGCAGAGGGAAAGGAGGACACCCGUUGAAAAAAAGGGUAUCAAGAGCAGUUUUGCCAUCGGUACAUCAAUAACGAGAUAUAAUCUUGGCGAGAGUGCUAACGACGAGGAGAACCUUGAGCCCGGGCAACUUGGUUCGACGUCGUUGAUGACGAUGACGACGCUGACGGCCGCGGCGACGACGACGACGACGACGACGACGAGCAACGGUAAUUCUUCGAUAAGCUUACAGACGAGCAACGGUUCGACGAAACAGGUCAAGCGAAUCGAACCGAGGCGUGAUCAUCAUCGGACUAUCGGUUCGUUGACUCGUGGCGAACGUCCCGUGAUCGAAGACUCAUCGAACCUCGGUGCAAAUUUUAUUGGCUCGAAUGACCUCAUCAAUCGAACAACCGUACGAACAAACGAGUAUUCGAACGGGAGUAAAGCCGGCAGAUCUGCUAACCGAUCGUCCAGGGAUGACAGCAACGACGAGUUUCCUUCGCCAACUAGGGCCCCUGGCAAAGAGAUCGAUGACUUCGGCUCGAUAGAUCGCUCUGCUGGAAUGAGCCGCAUCCGAGAUCGCUCGUAUUCACCCGUCCAACGAAUCGCGAACGGAUCGAAUGGCGAUCCUUUCGAUAGACGUUCCGAUAGAAGAAAAAAGGAUGCCAGAAACGACGAGAGAUUUUAUACCACGGAUCAAAGAUUCGACGAUGAUGACCAAGUUUUACAUUCCCUCGAGCACAGAUCCAGGAGACACGCCGAUGGAAGAUCGCAUUCUCCCAUUGAAAACAACAACGAACGAGUUUCAAACGAAAACACAAAAUUCUCAAUGAGUCCAUCACGGAGUCGUGACAAGCACCAAAAGGUCGAAAUCUUCGAUACUCCAGCUAAAAAAUUCGGCAGAGAAGGCUUCGAGGAACCGAAUAUUCUGUUCGAUAAUGAUUAUAGCACCGGUGAAAUUGCGGCUCGUAGAACUAACAGAAGUCAAAGUGAGAAUGGACGUUCCAAGCAGUGCAAUGAGAUUGACGACGACGAUGCUCAAACGAAAAAAGCACCGAACGGUAGAAAAAGUAGCCACACUCGUUGCAAAGCGUCACCGGAAGAAUUCGACGUUCAGAUUCAUCGAUACGAAAGGGCGCUUCGGAUGCCACGCAGAGAUUCAGAUUCGAGCAAAAAGACCUCGUCCAAGAGUCAAUCGUCCGAUCUUUCGAGAAAAAGCUCAUUCGAGGAUCAUCCAAGAUUCAAAGAUUCGAAUCCAAGCAAGAAAAAUCAUCAAAAGCAUCGAAGCUCCGAACUUUCGAGAGCCUCCUCGGAAGACCGCGAAGACAAACGAGCGAGCAGAAAAAAUUCUUCGAAACAUCGUGAUGUCAAAUCAACGAGAACGAGCUCAUUGGCUAGUCGAAACUUAUUAGACACCGGACCCCUCACCAACAACAAUAAUGCUAGCGACGAUCAUCACAACAAUAACGGCAACAUCGUUACUAACAAGCAUCACGAAAAAAACGGUUUUCAUCGGCGCGAUAGAUCGAAUUCUUUGAGAAGGGAUCAUGAUUCAUCAUCCAUCACGAGAGGAGGUAGACACGCAUCAAGAUGCAACCAUGACUGGGACGAGGAUGACGAGGAUUACGAUAAAUCGUCCUGGAAGAACGAUCGCCACUCGAGGCCAUUGACACCACCGAAGCCCGUGGAUCUCAAGGACCGCGACGACUCGAGAGAACGAAGAUCCAAGAUAUCGUUCUCUUUCCUCAAAGAACGAACGUCCCAGAACGAGGAUGAUUUUCCUCGCAAUUAUGUGCAUGGUCACAACGAUUGUCGAAGCAAGCUAAACAGGGGAAUAGAAAGUUUAUCAGUGCCUCAAGGACACGAUCGUUUCUCUUCUUCCACGAGAAGAGUCGGAUCUACGAGAUCGUCGAACGACACGCGUCAGGAGAGUUGCAGCGCGCAGAGCGAACUUGGAAAAGAGAACGCCCUUAGUGGCAAGCACUUGACCCGGGAAAUUAUCGCGAACGAUGAAAACCCUUGUGAAGAUGACGACAAUUUGAGUUUCUCAACGAUCGAGAGAAACGGCAAGACUGUGAUAAGAAUUAGCACGAAUUCCCAAAGUCCUGUUGGACUUACCGAGCCACGAGCACGACGACGCACCUCGCAUCGAGACACCGUAAACCCGACGCGCUACCGCAAGUACGAGGAUGAAACUGAGGAUGAAGACGAUCCUGACGAAACUUCUCAACGAAAUUAUAGACGAAGGGACUACAGACUGGGUCCGAGGAGACUGUGGACCAAUCGAGACGGGGGUGUUCAGAUAACGGACCUCGACGAGGGUCAACCCUGUUUGCACUGCGGUGAAACGUGUCCCGGUUUUUCGCCCCAUUCUUGGAGGAAAAAUUGCACGAGCUGCAAAUGUCCAAGAGAGGCUCACGAUGUCUGUCACGAAGAAUGGGUCUCCGUGAGGGCGAGACUCGGACUCAAGGGCGAAGGUCCCAAUAAUUACGUCGGUUUUGACCCAAGGGAUCGAGGGUUAACUUGGGCGCCACCGGGAUUGCCACCGAGCAAGGUGGAAGAAUAUUUCUCGAUGCUGCCGGAAAUAUCGGUGCCGAGGAUCGGCACACCGGGCGAACGUCACAGGGACCGUCAAUUGGCGACGCAGUUACCGAAGCAGGAUCUCGCAAGAGCAUAUUGCAGACACCUGGAUUCCCAACAUUCCGCUAGCGCAGACGACUUUAUGGCUGCGAGAAACGAGAUCGCUCUUGAUAUCGGCAGCGUCAAAGAGAUUCUCGAAAGAGGCCAUAAUUGUGGCGUCUGCCACGAACCCCUCAAAUAUGGAAGUCUCGUAGUAUCGGCGAGCAAAUUAGGCUUUUCGUAUCAUCCCUCGUGCUUUCAAUGCACGCAGUGUCGAGAAUUGCUGGUCGAUCUUGCCUACUGCGUACACGACGAUGCUCUCUACUGCGAGAGACAUUACGCUGAACAACUCAAACCGAGAUGUGCGGCCUGUGACGAGUUGAUUUUCAGUGGGGAGUACACAAAGGCGAUGAACAAGGAUUGGCACAGCGGCCACUUCUGCUGCUGGCAGUGCGACGAGUCUCUGACAGGACAACGUUACGUGCUGAGGGACGAGCAUCCUUACUGCAUCAAGUGCUACGAGAGCGUGUUUGCAAACGGUUGCGAGGAAUGCAACAAGAUUAUCGGCAUAGAUUCGAAGGAUCUGUCUUACAAGGACAAGCAUUGGCACGAAGCCUGCUUCCUCUGCAACAAGUGCAGGGUUUCGCUCGUGGACAAACAGUUCGGAAGCAAGGUAGACAAGAUCUACUGCGGCAAUUGCUACGACGCUCAGUUCGCCAGCCGUUGCGAUGGAUGCGGCGAGAUCUUCCGCGCUGGUACGAAGAAGAUGGAGUACAAGACCAGACAGUGGCACGAGAAAUGUUUCUGUUGCGUCGUAUGCAGGAAUCCCAUCGGUACGAAGAGCUUCAUCCCGCGCGAACAGGAAAUCUAUUGCGCCGGAUGCUACGAGGACAAGUUCGCGACUCGUUGUGUCAAGUGUAACAAGAUUAUCACGAGCGGCGGCGUGACGUACAAGAACGAGCCCUGGCACAGGGAUUGCUUUACUUGCAGCAACUGCAACAACUCAUUGGCGGGACAACGAUUCACGUCUCGUGACGACAAGCCAUACUGCGCCGAGUGCUUCGGCGAACUAUUUGCGAAGAGAUGCACCGCGUGCACGAAGCCAAUCACCGGAAUCGGAGGCACGCGCUUUAUCUCGUUCGAGGACAGGCACUGGCACAACAAUUGCUUCAUAUGCGCUGGCUGCAAUACCUCCUUGGUGGGACGUGGAUUCAUCACUGACGGUGACGACAUCAUAUGCCCCGAGUGCGCCAAGCAGAAGCUUUCGGAAUGAGAGUCCAAAAAUGGGCUAACAAGAUCGCUGGGUGGCAGAGAGAAAGAGACCGAGAGAGCGAAAGGAAGAAGAAGAAGAAGAAAGAGUGAUGUGUGUGUGUGGCGAUAGGCGAAGAGAAAGAAAACGAAGAAAUAAAGAGAAAGAAGGAGAGAGAGAGAGAGAGAAAAAUGAAGUACCAACCGAUAAUAGCCAUCAUAAAUGGCGUCAAAUUAUAGGCUUAGUUGAGCAAACCGAAAUUUCUAUCAAACCCUUCUGUGCCACGUUUCGACUUUCCGAGAUUUUAAAAAACAGCACAAAAUCCAAUAAAUCCAUCAGAAAAUAAAAUGCCCUUUGCUCGGAAAUAAAUGCCGCUUUGUCACAAGUAAAAUACGCAUGAGCCACUGAAACUACGAUUUUUCGUUCUGGCCCGCAUCGUUAAACAUUGGAAGAAAUAUUUCAUCAAAUGGAAAUGGAAGGAAAAACGCGUUUAAUUGAAUAGCUUGAAGAUACAUUAUUAUUAUCAUUAUUGUUGUUAUUAUUAAUAUUAUUGUCAUUAUUUUUAUGUAAUUAUGAAAAGCCAAGCUGAGUCGCGUCGAUUUCACCCGACGUCAUUGUUACUCUAGCGCGCUUUCGUUCUCUUUUGAAUUUUUCAAAUAAUACACGAUGUCGAAAUUGAGGACGAGGCUUGCCAAUUUUUACGAUUUUUCCUCGUAAUGAACUCGAGAUAAGCGCUCGAAAACCGUUAAAAAUAAAAUUUUAUUAUCAUCGUUACGAAUGCAAAAUCAAUCAAACCAUUUGUCUGUGUCUGUAUGAAAAAAAAAAAUAUAAAAUUUCUUUCAUCUUAAAAUUGCAACGGUGCGACGCGUGUUUUUCAUCUGUUGAAAUCGAUAAAACUCGUGAAAUACCUACUCAAAGAAAUAAACAACACGCAUGGAACGGUACGAAAGGAAAAAAAAAUUGAAAUGCUGUUGGAAAUUCAGGUUCGAACGUUUUUCUAAUCAUGUUCGUUUUUUUACUUCCCUUAUUUUCUCCCCCCGCCCCGCUCCCCCCCUCCGGCCUUUCUCUCUCUCACGUUCUUCCUUUGGAUAACGUGUAAACUCAUAUAUAUUUAUGUAGUAGGAAUGUAAACACACAAGCAUAAAUAUAUGGGCGAAUAUAAGGUUUAUUACGAUUGAGGAAAGUGUACAGUGAGCCAUGUCGAUAGAGAAGGAUUUUGUUGGCGAGUAAUAAAUAAAUAACGAGAGAGUGCUUGAAUCGAGAAGCUUUCAUGAAUUUUGUGCUGUUUUUACGUGAGAGCAGUUAAUCGUAAAAUGCGAGAUAAUCCAAUGGGGGAAAAAGCAGAUUCAAGAUUUCUUAGAUAUACACAGACACACACACGCGCGCAUACACACACACACACACACACACACACACACACACACACACACACACGCAGACAGAAACGAACACGUAACGUAAUCUUUUGACACGAGAUUGAGCUCCGAAUCGAUGACCAAUCUCACUUUUUACGAGAGCACCCACUCGAUAUAUUUAUUAUCCUAUACGAGUGGCUAAACGAUAAAAACAAACGUACGAAACACAAAAAAUGGAACAAAAUAUAAUGAGAACAGAAAACAAAACUUUGUGGCCUUAUACAAAUGAAUAAAUACGAGUAUAACUAACGUUUUAAAUAAUAUAUAUAUAUAUAUAUAUUAUUGUUAUAUAUAUCGAGAAUUGUAUGGAAUUGUAACAUCGCGAAAACGAACGAAAAGAAAAGAAAAACAAAGGAACAAUACAAUAACAAACAAAAACACUAUGCCUACGACGCGUGUUGGCCAUUUAAUGCGAGAGAUUGGAGAAAAAUACGUCAACGUGUUUAUGCAUAUUUAUAUAUAUUCAUGAACGGCGUCGAGUUUAGCUAAAAAUGAAAAAAAAAAAAGGAAAAAACAAAACAAUUCAACGCACGAGCUCGAACCGAUAAACGAAGUACGAUCAUUCGAUAACGCUCCGAAGCUCGCUUAUACCGUUUAUCUUCUGUUCAUAUCACUCACCCGACUAAUCGUCUUUAUUGGUUACCGAGAUAUGUGAGAAGAAAAUCGUAAGAAAACAAGUGAAAUUAUUCUUCAACUCGGCGCAUCACAUUUUAUCACGCUGUAAAAUCAAUGAUUCAAAUAAAUGUAAUUAUUUA